GCGAGCAGAGAAGAGAUCCAGGAACAGAGAGAGAGAGAGAGAGAGAGAUGCAGAGCCUCGGAGCGCGGCGGGUUUACCACCAGAGCGACGGCGCCGCCGCCCCCACGCUUCCUCUCUACCGCUCGCCGCCGCCGGUCGAGGUCCGGCUCGAGGACUUCGAGGCUUUCGCCGUCGAUCGCCUCCGAGUUCUCAAGGCGAUCUCCGAUGGACUAUCCCGAGGGAAGAAGCCCGAGGAGAUGGAAAAGCUGGUCGGUGAGCUGUGGAGAGCGCACAUGAAGCAUCCUAAGCCGUCGGUCAACAAGGAUGUCAUCUCUCAUUUCGUCCUGCGACUCGUGUACUGUAGAACUGAGGAUCUGCGGAAGUGGUUUCUCUCGAUGGAGACGACGCUCUUCCGAUACCGUUUCAAGGAUCAAAGUGUGGAAGCUCAGAGAGCACUUAUGGCUGAUUUCGACCUCCCCUACAAGGCAGUUAAUACUGCAGAAUUUGAGAGUGUGAAGGAUAAAUUGAGCCAGGUUGCACGUUCCAUUGGUCAGCCUCUGCAAACAGCGGAUACUAUAUUUUACAAGGUACCUUUUGAAGAAGUUCCAGAACUUGUAGCUAGCCGCAAGGUGUAUAUUCAUCAAGGAAAUGCAUAUGUGGCUAUGAAUCAGGUGGUUUCGCUUGUUGUCACACAGUUCCGUAGUUUUCUGUCAAAGGCGCUCAUCCUGACAAACAGGAAAUGGACCUCAUCUAUCAAAGAACAAGAGAAAGAUCGCUUGACCCCCAUUGUUGAAGUGUUGUCAACGAGCUACUUGGGUCCUGAUUAUUCACAGCCAAGAGAAUCUGCUGAAAUAUCACUAAAAGAUAUAGAUCAUUUGGCUAAGAGUUCCUUCCCUCUCUGUAUGCGUCACCUCUAUGAAAAGUUGAAGGAAGACCAUCAUUUAAAGCAUGGAGGGAGGAUGCAAUUAGGUCUCUUUCUCAAGGGAGUUGGCUUGAAGCUGGAUGAUGCACUUGCAUUCUGGAGAGCUGAAUUCUCCCAAAAGGUUGGUGCUGAAAGGUUUGAAAAAGAGUAUGCUUAUAACAUACGGCACAGUUAUGGAAGAGAAGGGAAAAGAACAGAUUACACACCUUUUUCUUGUCAAAAGGUCAUUUCAUCAACUCCUGGUGUUGGGGAUCAUCAUGGGUGUCCUUUCCGACUUUUCAGUGAAGAAAAUCUAAGGGCUGCUCUUGGUAGAAUGGGAGUAGGUAAUCGAGGAAUGGACGAUAUAAUUGACAAAGUGCGAAACCGACAUUAUCAGGUGGCAUGUACAUUAACAUUUGAAGCUGUUCAUGGAUCAACAUGUGAUGCUGGCAUCAAUCAUCCCAAUCAGUACUUUAUUGACAGCCAAAAGAUUCUGCUGUCUAAGAAGCAGCCCACCAUGUAAAGCAGAAGAAUCUUUGAAAGUCGCUAAGAUCUGAUCAUAUUGCCGCAUUUCCAGUGUAACACCCAGCUUCCUGGAGGUCGCAGUCAUCGAGCUGUUCGUGAUUCCAAGGAAAGCAUCCUGUUGUAAAUUCUCAGCGUCGACCUGUCCUACUAAAAUCCAAUUAUUACAUAGUUGUAUUUAUUUAUGCAGUCAGGGUAGUCUCGAGUACAAUUAUAGUUCAUCAUAUAGCAAAGCCAGCUAAACUCUGGAUAAGUUAAAGUAUCUGGGAACUUCUCUGCUAUUUUGUUUUAAGUAAUAAAUGUUGCUGCCAAAUCUCGAUUGAUUUUAAA